AAUUUACCUCAGUGCUUGUUGGACUGUUUACGUGUCCGUCUGCCAUUUGGGUCCCUGGAAACAGCUUUGAAAACAGAUGCCUGACUUCCACCCCUUCAAAGCUGCACGAUAUAAUGACUCGGAAAACAAAACCUUUAACCAGAACAAUAUAAUUUCUCGCAAGUUGAUCACAACAGUGGAGGGGGUCGCGGCGUUAAAAUAAAUAAAUAAAAAAGUAUUCGCGUGUAAACGCCGAAGCACCACUUCCUUCUUUCGAUCCUGUGCCGUCAUAAGCGCUUUAGCAGAUAUCCAAACGACAUGGAUGUAGUAGCUAGCAGUUGGAAAAGUGUAGCGCUGUAGUUAUAGAUCGCUUGUCGAACCACGCGCAAAUGCAACAGCUUGUUGACUGGGCUCGUGUGUCACGGGGUAGUGCUGUGACACUUUUGGUCGACUUCAACAUCUCCGUUGACAAAGUAAACAUUUGGAGGAUAAACAACCUAAAGGUUAAUGGAGAUAACCCACCCCUUGGACGUGUGUCAGUAAUAUUGACGGGCUGAACUCUUCAUUGAAAGAAGCAAGCUCUCAUCAGUUCCGGAGACGAUGGCUGUCAACAAGCAUGCCGACGAGAGCACCCCUCUGUUGGACUCGAACACUGGGACUAAUGUGAGAGCGUCACCACCAUCCGUUUUUCAGGGAAGAAGACUAGCAUGUGCUGCUAUCUUGCUGGCCGAGGCAUUGGAAAGGAUUGCGUUCUACGGCAUCACUUCCAACCUUGUUCUCUUUUUAAACAGUAGUCCUUUCUAUUGGGAGGGCACACAAGCCAGCCAGGCUCCUCUGAUGUUCAUGGGGGUGACUUACCUGAUAUCCCCAUUUGGAGGCUGGUUGGCAGAUGCAUACCUUGGAAAGUUUUGGACUAUUGCCUCGAGUUUGAUUUUGUACUUGAUUGGCAUUCUAUUUUUCCCUUUCCUUUCAAAUGAAGACACCAGAGUAAAUAUAUGUGGAGAAGAGGCGGCUUUUCCUGUGCAACCCGCUGAGUGUCUCAGCACAAACAGUACCCCUCCAAGCAAUGUGACCUGCCCCAUCCGUGCACCCUAUUGUGGCCCCGUAGUCUACAGUGGACUCUUUUUAAUUGCAUUGGGUGUCGGGACUGUCAAGUCAAACAUCACUCCGUUUGGGGCAGACCAGGUCAAAGACAGAGGACCAGAGGCCACACGCCGAUUCUUCAACUGGUUCUACUGGUGCAUUAACCUGGGAGCCAUCCUGUCACUGGGAGGUGUGGCCUACAUCCAGCAAAAUUACAGCUUUGAGCUCGGCUACAUCAUUCCCACUGUGUGCCUUGGGAUUUCCUUCCUGGUUUUCCUCUUGGGCCGCACCGUUUUUAUCACCAAGCCUGCUGAUGGCAGCGCUUUCACUGAUAUGUUUAAGAUACUGAGCUUCGCUUGUUGCUCCUCAAAACCCAAGGAGCCUGACCUGCUUCGAAGCAAUAAACCAACACUAUUGGAUGGUGCCAAAGUGACCUAUGGAGGAAAAUUCCCAGAAGAGAAAGUGGAGGAAUUGAAGUCUUUGGUGAAAAUACUACCAGUUUUCUUAGCCCUUAUUCCAUACUGGACGGUGUAUUUCCAGAUGCAGACAACAUACAUUCUGCAAGGCCUCCAUCUAAAGAUUCCAGUUGCUGCCUCCAAUAGCUCUACUGACUCCCACACGAUGAUGUUUCGCUUCCCGGCAGCCUGGCUCACAAUGUUUGAUGCUGUGCUCAUCCUCAUGCUGAUUCCGCUUAAGGACAAAGUGGUGGACCCUGUUUUGAAACGGCGUGGCCUACUGCCCUCCUCUCUGAAGAGGAUUGCAGUGGGGAUGUUCUUUGUCAUGUGGUCGGCUGUGGCAGCGGGUCUGCUGGAGACAAAACGCCUGGAGAUCAUCAAAGCAAAUGGGCCGAUUGACCAAGUGCUUGGCAACGUAAUCUACUACGCAGCAGAUUUACCCAUUUGGUGGCAAGUGCCUCAAUAUGUGCUGAUAGGCAUCAGUGAAAUAUUUGCCAGCAUUGCAGGACUGGAGUUUGCGUAUUCCGCUGCACCCAAGUCUAUGCAGAGCGCCAUCAUGGGGCUCUUCUUCUUUUUCUCUGGGAUGGGCUCCUUUGUGGGCUCGGGUUUGUUGGCCAUCGUGUCCCUCAAAGAGAUCGGCUGGAUGUCAUCCCACAAAGAUUUUGGAAACAUCAACGACUGCUCGCUGCACUACUACUUCUUUCUGCUGGCCGGGAUUCAGGGCGUCACUCUUCUCAUCUUCCUCAUCGUGACUGUGAAAUACGACAAACAGAGAGGCCAAGCAGGACGCCAAAGGCAAAGACUCAUCUCGUCCUGACCCUGACACACGACCCCGGUAUGGCUCACAUCCUACCUGGCGGUUUCCAGUCCAAUCGAAUCUGUACCUACUAAUCAAAUCCUUCAGUUCUCCACUCACUGGAAUCAAUACAUGUUAAUGUUAUCGUACGUUUUAAGGGGCUCCGUUUUCCCUUUGAAAAUGCUUUUAUAAGACUGUGUGGCUGGUGCUACAUCUGUUUACUCUCUUGCCUUCAUUUGCACUAGAACUGCAAUGGUGUCGGAAGAUACGUUAGAAAAGUCUACGCGCCUCUGUUCAAAUGCAGGUGUUUGUGAUAUUAAAAAAAAAGGAGUCCUUUUAAACUUUGCCACCAUUAAUGUGAAUUGUAAACCUCAAUUAAAAAAAAUAAAUACAUCUUUGCGGUUGCACAAGUCUACACAGUCUCGUUUAUACCUUCGGAUGUGACUGCGUUCAGAACUAACCAAUCACAUUCAAACUCGUGUUGAAUGGGAGUUAGCACACAUCUGCCUCUGAUCAACCCCAAAUAAAGUUCUUUUUAACAUGAGUUUAAAAGUGAUUGGUUAAUUCUGAACACAGACACAGGCCCACUUAUAAAAGGGUGUGCACACUUGUGCAACCUCAUUAUCUUUAUUUUUACUCCCCCCUUGACAAUGUAUUGUGUACAGGUUAUUGAUGACAUUAAUGGUGAGAAAAAGUUUUGAAAUGAUUUAUUUUGGUCUCAUUUUUUACAUUCCAAAAAUCUGGCCUUUGAACAGGGGUGUUUAGACUUUUUCUAUCCACUCAAUAUUGUGAAAAUAUUUUUUUAUUGUCGUUCUUAAUAUUCAGUCAUGGGUGCACUAUUUUUCUAACCACCUUCACUCCUGAUCUUGGUGUGAAACAUCAGUAUUUAGUCAAAUCAUUCAACUAAUGUAUCGACAUGCAUUAAAUGUACUAAUCACACUUUUCUUUUGAAGGGCCGUCGGGGAGCGAGCGUCAGUUACCGAUCGUAUGCACAAAUGGUGUCCAUCAUUAAUAUGCAAAUUCUGGAAUGCCGUUUAGAAUUAAAUAGGACUUUGAAAAUAUUUGCAUUGUUAUUGAUCGUUUCUAUAUUUUUUCAUAUGUUUGAUUAAUUUGAAAUCCACUGGCUCUACACUGAAAGCAACAUGUUGAAAUAUCGAUCCCUCCUUAUGAAUUCAAUGAAGCCUUAAUGAUGAUUAUUGUAUUAUUUUGCGGGGGCAAAGCUGCAAUAUUCAGGUCACUUUGAGAAAUGAGAACGGAAAUACAACUGGAACUAAACUAUCAGUGGUCAAAAAAACUUAAUAAUAAUAAUAAUAAUCCUCCACUGUAAUUGAAAAAUACAUGGAAAAUUUGGUUCAACAAAUUUAUCCACAAGGAUAGACUGCGAUUUUACUGUCUUUCUGUAUAUAUUUUUUUUAUUAUUUAUAGGACUGCCAUUUUAGUGUUAGACUUGUUGUCAAGCUUCCAUUUCGAAUUCUGCAAAAUCUUCUCCAAAAUUUGAAACCGUUCAAUGUAUUAAUGAAAAGUGUGUCUUCGUGCAUUUAAAGCUGCCUUUUGAGUUUUUGUGUUUCAGGGUUUACAGUGGCACUAUUGAGUUACAUUUGUGAAACUAUGCCGGCCAUUAGGGUCAUUUUUGUUUGCGUUUGAUCCAUUGAACAAAUCAUCCUUUUUGUGAGUCUUUCAAUUCUCGAUUUGGGAAUUAUUUGCUGCAUCAAACAGUUUAUUUGUCCAUUAAAAGAUUUCAGAUUCUGAA